AUGAGGAUUGAAAGGACCGGAGGCGUUUUUGGCUCGGAUCCAGACCAGCGGAAAGAGAAGACACAACACGAUAGAGGUGCAGAAGCCAAAGAAGAAAUCAAGAAUCACAUCUUAAAAGCCGACCUCGUCAACAGCUCCUCCGGGCCACGAGACCGCCACGGCCAAUACGCAUGGCAACCCUACCCUCUCCGCCCCUUCAUCGAGCGCCUAGACUGGGUACUGGAUAUAUUCUGCAACUUCCGGGGCAUGGGCUGGAACUGGCGUACCACCGCCCUGCCCCCACCCCCAAAACCCAUCCAGAUCCAACUCGACGCCAACUCCAAAUCCACCGUCCCAAAGCACACCUACAAAACCCACGCGGGCCAAGUAGCACAAUUCACAAACCGGCGCACCCUCCUCCAGCAAAACACCUGGCGCCUACUCAAAGGCUACCUAGUCCUCGACCUGCUAAAAACAACAAUGAUGUGGGAUCCCUAUUUCUGGGGCUUGACAAACAGAGCAGCACCACCACCAGCCCACCUCCCCUCGUGGCUCACAAACAGCCCCGUACUAACACACACAUACCACCUCCUCCUCAGCAUGCUCGCCGUAAAAUACGCGCUCCAAACCAUCUUCGCCCUCGGCCCCCUCUUCUUCAGCGGCGCCCUCUCCCCCUCUCUCCUCGGCGCCCGCGCAGAACCCUGGAUGUAUCCUGAGACGUGGGCGCCGUACAGCGUGGUCUUGGAUAAAGGGCUCGCGGGCUGGUGGGGCAGAACCUAG